AUGAAUAUUAGUCACAUCAUAUUAUUACCUGGUAGUUUAAUUGCUGCAUUAUUCUUUUUCAAUUACUGUACAGGUGUAUUCCUUCCAAAUUUAUCAGAGGCCUGUUAUAAAUGCCUCUGCUAUGUCUCAACCCGCUGCGACCUGUCUCACGAAUGCACCAAGGGGUACUGCGGGCCCUACAAUAUAUCCAGGGUAUAUUGGGUUGAUGCUGGCAUGGUAACGCUACCUCAUGACGAUCCUGAAAGAAAUCAUGCCUGGGAAGACUGCGCAAGAAGUUUUCCUUGCGCUAAACGGAUUAUAGAAGGAUAUUUAGCAAAAUUUGCCAGAGAUUGCAAUGAUGAUGGAGUAACAGACUGCUACGACUACAUGAUGAUAAACGGCAACGGUGGAUACGGGUGUACUGCGCCUUUGAACCGCUCGGCGAACGGGCAGCGUUGGCUCCGGCGAUAUGAGGAGUGCCGACAGUCACUUAGAGAAACUGGGGCUCAU